AUGCCUCCUAACGCCAGUGUCGGCUCGGAAGCUGCAUCAGCGGAGCCGCUCCCCCGGUCUGACUCGCCCGUAAUUCCAGGCUCGGCCUCCAAGAAGAGAGCAAAGUGGUGGGGCAUUGCUGAUGCAGACACCAAGGAACAGCACAUUCAGAUGGUCAAGGAUCUGAUGCGAUCCAAUGCUCUGCCGCAUGGCUUCGAUAUAAGUGACGAGGUGUUCCAGAAGGCCGCUCUCGAGUCCAAUCGACGAACAGCCGCACAUUCUUUGAGCGAGUCGCAAGGGUCGAGUGAUCCCACAGCCAAGAUUCGUUUCAGCGCGAAACGAGGGCCACCUGAUGACAACAGCAUGCCCAACGCUGCAACGCCAAUGAAUGGUGGCUCGGCAUCUUCUCUUGCCGCUGACCCCACCGCAGACCAAGCGCUGGCAUCAACGCCUAUCACCGUGUCUGCCUCGGCGGAAGCUCGGGCAGUCUGCCCGCACUGCUCGGUGGAUGGCUCGCGCAACCUGAAGCAGACGCAGCGGCUGGGCCAACUCGAACGCCGCAUCCAGCAACUCGACGCAGUCAACCAAAGAUACAAGAGCAUUGCCGCGAAUCUGCUCGACAUCGAUAGAUCCGAGCCUGAUUUAGAUCCGAAAGUGUCCGAGGAGAGGAUAUAUCUUGCCAUUGUCGCCUACCUGGCCAAGAAGGGACUGACUUCAAAUGCCAGGUCGCUUCUUGAGGAGACUCGCUUGAACUAUGCCCCGCUAUUUUCACACCGCUGUCGGAGACUGAAGGCUCUGAUGGACCAGAAGCACUUUGAGGAGGCUCUGACCUUGAUCAACGAGACUGCAGCAUAUGUAGGAGUGAUUCUGGAGCCACAAGCCCAUCUCAAAAUGGUUGCAGCCUUGGACGACCUCAAGUAUAUCAUCAGCAAGUAUCUCUUCGUCCGUUUGCUCGAGAUUCGGUCGGAGCUCAACGAUCCUGCUGCCGCUCUCCAGGAUGUGCUUCAUAACAUGAUUCUGCCUCACAUCAACCGUGAGCUCGCCGAAGGGGGCAGUCGGGGCAAGUGGUUUGCGGAAGACCACCAACAGCUCAAGGACUAUCUGGCCCACAAAGUCGAUGGCAUUACCAUCGAUCCGGCCAACUUGUACCUGAACUGGCAGUGGGAGCAGGAGCUGCGCUCUUUCUGGGCUGCUGCUGCCUCUCCAUCUGCAAAUGCCUCGUCAGCCCCCGGCCCUCGUGCCGCGCCGCUGUAUACCCGGGCUAUUCAGACCUUCUUCCCUGAGCCAGACACGGCGCUUACGGAAGGAUACGAAACCGAUAUAGUUGACCUGGGUCUGUACUUUUCAAACGUCUGUAAGCUCCAACGUCUCGGCGAGUCCAUCAAGAAGCUCGCCGAUAUCCCAGCCGGCAACAAGCAAGUUGGACCGGAUGCCGUGCGGUUUUCCACAUCGGCAGUCCCCACGACAUACGGCGCCGACGACGAGGCUGCACAGCCAUAUGAGAUUGCUGCUGCAGCAGAAACCCAACCGCAGAUUCAAAUGCGCAAGCCCAAGAGCCGACAGGGAAGGCGAGAACUGGAGCACGUCCUCGACACACAGUCCCCGCCGCCACCGCCAAAAACACCAUCAAAGCUGCUGAAUCUCCCAGAGCGGAGCUACCCACGUCGUGCUGCGAGUGCUGGAAGCAACAUAUCGCGACAUGAGUUGGAUGAGGCCGAGCAAAGCCCAGUCGCCAUAAGCGACGCCAAGUUACGAAAAAUGAUGCCUCCGUCAUCCGAACGACCCCUUGGCACUCAGUUUGUCUUCGAAGCAGAGUGCGGGAAAACUUUGUCGUGUGUCAAGGUGAUGGACUGUUGCAUUCAAACCGAAACCAACGACAUCAUGGUGUGCACGGCCGGGACCGACGAUCGAAGCGACCGCCGCAUCACAAUAUGGAACCUCACUCAGCAGCGGCUCGAAACUCAGUUGGACAACUUGGCCUCGAAGCAGAUUGUGGCUCUUGCCUUUCAUCCGACUGAGUGCUCUCUGCUGCUCAGCGCGGAUCUUGAGUUUGAUAUCAAGCUCUGGGAUUGGCGCCGCCGAACAUGCCUCCUCCACUGGCGCAAAAUGCACACACGUAUCAUCAACAAAAUAUCGUGGGUUCCGCGGCUGUCGCAUCAGGCAAUUUCGUGUUCAAGCGACCAGACACUCAAGAUCUUUGACACCCAUCGCCGCGAAAAGAAAAUAUUGGGGAGCUUACAUGCCAACGAGCCGUUUACGUCCUUUGCCAUCUCUGACUCGAGCGAGAGCGAAUCUUCGCAGAUCCUUGUGGCGUCGCUCCCUUACAGCAUUCGGAUCUACUGUCUUCGGUCGCUUGGAAUGCUCCGGCAAAUCAGCAUCGGCGAAAUCAAACUCAGCAAAACACCCAUCACUUCCCUUGCACUGCACCCGGAGUAUCCUGAUUUCGCCCUCCUGUCGUGCGGAAACCAGCUCAAGCUGUUCCACACUGCGACGGGCAUCCUGCUCAAAACAUAUUCGGCACGCGAAAUCGGAUCCGAGACUCGCAUCGAGGGCCAAUUUUCGCCGUGUGGGUCCAUGAUUUACAGCGGUACCGCCGACACACGAUCGGUUUCUAGUCAGCCAGCUGAAGCAACCCUGCACUCGGACUUGUCGAUCGGCGUACUAGGAUGGAAACUCGACUCUGGAAAAUCCGAGCGACUUCAGGUUCUGAAAGCUCCAGCGAUCGAGCAGUUGUUCAAGGUCACGGCUUGUAAAUGGAUCCCGACCUCGAGCGGACUGGAAGAUCGGACACCCUCGUCACUCCUUGUGACAGUUUCGAUGGACAACAUGAUAAGACUGUACUCGACUGCAGUUGCAGUUGAUUAG